GAGAGAAAGAGGGAGAAGGAAGAAGAAGAGAAGCCAUGGGAGAACCUGCCAUUGAUCUCCAUUCUUCUCACCAUUCAGAGUUCAAUUGUGAGCCCUUUGAUGGAUGGCAAGUAGAAGAGAAUGAUCAUCCUAUUGAGGAGGUGAGAAUGACUGUAGACCCAACUGAUAACCCAAACCUUCCAGUACUGACGAUUCGAACCUGGUUUCUCGGUGUGAUCUCAUGUAUGGUGCUUGCAUUUGCAAAUAUGUUCUUUGGGUAUAGAACAAACCAGCUAAGUAUUGGUUCAGUUUGUGUUCAAAUCAUCUCCCUCCCAAUUGGGAGAUUUCUUGCAAAGACUUUGCCUAAAAAGGAUGUGAAGGUCCCAUUCACCAAUUGGUCAUUCUCGCUCAACCCGGGGCCUUUUUCGAUAAAGGAACACUGUCUUAUCACUAUUUUUGCCAGUGCGGGUGCCGGAGGUUUAUAUGCCAUUCACAUUGUCACUAUAGUCAGGGCUUUUUAUCAUAGAAGUAUUCACCCGAUGGCAGCCUUCAUGUUAGCACAAACAACACAGUUGCUUGGCUAUGGUUGGGCUGGCAUUUACAGAAAGUACCUAGUGGAGUCUCCAUAUAUGUGGUGGCCUGCAAAUCUCGUCCAAGUCUCACUCUUUAAAGCACUACAUUUGAAGGAGAAAAGAAAGAAAGGAAGACUCACAAGACUUCAGUUCUUCAUCAUUACAUUCGUUGCAAGUUUUACGUACUAUAUAAUCCCAGGCUUCAUCUUUCCCACAAUUUCAAGCAUCUCUGUGCUUUGUCUGAUAUUUAAGAACUCCAUUACAAUGCAACAGAUUGGUUCUGGGCAAAAUGGACUUGGCAUAGGCUCAUUUGGCCUUGAUUGGUCUACAGUGGCCUCUUUUCUUGGUAGCCCUUUAGCCACACCUUCAACAGCUAUUUUCAACAUUAUGGUUAGCUUCUUCUUGGGAAUCUAUGUACUCGUUCCAAUUAGCUAUUGGCUAAACCUAUACAAUGCAAAGCAUUUCCCUAUCAUCUCCUCCAGUGUUUACGACAUGAACGGGAAACACUAUAAUACUACUAGAAUUAUCAAUGAUAAAACAUUCACUUUGAAUGUUCUAGAAGAAGAAAAUUAUAGCAAGAUUCAUAUGAGUAUUACAUUUGCUUUGACUUAUGGUUUGGGGUUUGCCACAUUGACAGCAUCAAUAAUGCAUGUUGCUUUACAUGAUGGAAAGGAUAUAUGGAAGCAAGUAUGGAAGGCUAAAGAAUAUGCUAAGAAGAAGGCCGAGGAUGUGCACACAAGAUUGAUGAGGAGGAACUAUGAGCCUGUGCCUCAAUGGUGGUUUCAUGUUCUUUUGGUUUUAGUUGUUGGACUCUCUAUUUUUACUUGUCUUGGAUUUGGUGGUCAACUACAACUUCCUUGGUGGGGUGUUUUGUUCGCUUGUGCCAUAGGCUUAUUCUUUACUUUACCAAUUGGAGUUAUACUGGCAACCACAAAUCAGGCACCAGGGCUUAAUAUAAUUACAGAGUAUAUAAUCGGUCUGAUAUUGCCUGGAAAACCUCUAGCCAAUGUGACAUUCAAGACAUAUGGUUAUAUAAGCAUGGCACAAGCACUGGGACUUCUUAGUGAUUUAAACCUGGGCCACUACAUGAAAAUUCCACCAAAGGCUAUGUUCAUCUCACAGCUAGCAGGAACCAUAAUAUCAUCAGCCAUCACAUUUGGAACAGCUUGGUUUCUUCUAAGCACAGUGGAGAACAUAUGUGAUGUAGAUGAGCUUCCAACUGGAAGUCCAUGGACUUGCCCAAACGAUGCAGUCUUCUACAACGCAUCCAUUAUAUGGGGACUCGUUGGCCCUGUAAGAAUGUUUGGAAAACUUGGGCUUUACUCUUCCUUAAACUAUUUCUUCAUCAUUGGCUUCUUGCUUCCUGUUCCAUUCUGGUGGCUUUCCAAAGCUUUUCCAGAGAAAAAAUGGCUGAAACACAUUCACAUUCCCCUCCUCCUCUCAGGUGCAGGUGGAAUUCCUCCUGCACACACAGUGAACUAUAUCAUGUGGGGAAUAGUUGGUGUGUUCUUCAACUAUUAUAUCUAUAAUAAGUACAAAGAAUGGUGGGCAAGGCACACUUAUGUGAUGUCAGCUGCAUUAGAUGCUGGAAUAGCCUUUAUGGGUAUACUUAUAUUCUUUGCCUUACAAUCUUAUAAUAUUAGUGGAAUAGAUUGGUGGGGAGGGGGAAGUGAUUAUUGUCCUCUUGCUAGUUGUCCUACAGCACCUGGAGUAGUAGUUAAAGGUUGUCCUAGCAUUCAAUAGUAUGAUCAAUCUUUCUGGUUAUUUAUUCUCUGUAUUUUGUUAUGGAAAUGUUGGUAAAGUUCAAAGAACAUAUCUUAACAAGGGAAGUUUAUAUGUGAAGUGCAUUUUGGUUAUUAUUGAUGUUCUUAGAAGGUAAGCAAUGUUGUAAGUUUGUGGAUAUGGUUGACUAAAGUAGAUGUUGCACAAAAGGAUUGAUGUUUGAACAUGAGUUUAUAGUUGUU